AUGAGUGAUGUUGAAUAUGAGAGGGAAAGGGAAGGUCCAUUGCCCUAUCCUCAAUAUAAUAAACCACCACCUCCUCAUUCAAGUUAUCGUCCAGAUCGUUAUGAACCUUCUACAAGAAGAGUAGACAAUAUUGGGUUAGAAUUGAGUACACAAGAAGAUGCAAUGAAUGAUCAAGAAGAAUUUCGUUAUGAAGUUAAUGAACAACCACAAUAUCAUGUAACAAGAGCUAUAUUUCUUGGUAAUUUACGUCGUCCUAUAAAUGCAGGUCAUUUUCAACAAUAUUUAAAAGAUUUAGUUUCUGAAAUUAAAGAUUUUAAUAUUAGAAUUGAAAGGGCAUGGUUAAAUAGACCAAGAACUCAUGGAAUUGUUUUAGUAAAUAGUGAAGAAGGAGCUGAAUAUUUAAGAAAUCGAUUAUCUGGAUCAAUAUAUCCAUCAAAGGAAGAAGAUUUAAAAUUAAAAGAAGAAUUUGAAAAUAAAGAAAUUGAAAGAUUUGAACAUGAACAAAAAUUAUAUAAUGAAGAAUUGGAAAAAAUGGAUGAAAAUGAAUCUAAAAAUUUACAACCACCAACAGAACCAAGAGAAUUUUCAGUGGAGAGAAUACCGUUAUAUGCUGAUUAUAUACCUGUAAAAGCAAUAAAUCAAUGGACAUUUGAAGAAGAUAGAGGACCAAGGGAUGGGAAAUGGAAAUUAGAAUUUGUAACUAGAGGAGAUGAAUUAAUAGCUUCACAUACUUUAUUGAAUGGGGAAUUUAUACCAAGAUAUCAACCACCACCUCGUAAUGGAUUUAGAGGUGGUAGAUAUUCAACAAGAGGUGGUUAUAGUAGAGGAGGUUAUAGCCGCGGGGGUGGUGGAAUUGGAGGUGCAAGAACUGACACAUAUGUACCGGGAGCAUCUAGAGAUUCAAGAUCUACAGAUUCAUAUGUCCCAUCAAGAAGAGAUAGGGAAAGAUCACCAAGUAGAUAA